AUGGCUAAGAAAGAGAAGAUCGAGCAAGUGAUUUCAAUGGGUGGAAUAAUGUGGGAAGGUCUCAAUUCGAGUUUAAUCAAAGUCGAUGAAGCUUUGCUUAAGCAGCAGAUCCGAGAAUUCGAGAAGGGUAACGAUAAAGAAUGGUUUAUUAUAACGGAGAGGAACAAAGUUGAUCAAGGUUUAAGCCAAACAAAGAGAGUUGGUAAUGGUGCGAAAAGGCAGAAACGUGUUGACACUAACGGAGGAUAUUGGCACGCAACAGUGGCUGCCCAAAAGAUCAACGCUGGAGAUGGUGUCGUUGGCAACAAAAGGCCACUUGCAUACUACGAUAGGAAACCAUCAGAAGACGUCAAAACUGAUUGGUUAAUGCAAGAAUACUCUCUUGAUCACAACAACGACAAGGUAAGAUUACACUUUGUGCAAGAUUUAUCUUACUCCACAAGCAACAAAGAAGUUGGAGAAGAGAAGAAGAAGCAGAAGAAAGGAGAACCUGUGGAAGCAUCGGAAGGGCAGCAGCCUUGUAAUGCCGAGUAUCAUCAACCGCUAGCACCUCUAGAUUCUUGCCAACCGCAGCCUCAUGAUUUGGCUGAGCAGCUGGAUUUGCAUCAACCAGAACAGUUGCAGCUGCAACAGCCUCAUGAUAUUGUGUAUCAACCACAGUAUUGUUUACUUCCAGAACAACAUCAGCUGCAGCCUUUUCCUGAUAACUUUUCUGAGUUGAACAGCUUUCAACAGCAACCAGUGAUGAUCCCAGACGAUUUAGAAGAUUUCUUGGCUGAAUUAAUGGAGCCACAUUCACUGGAUGGAGAUGAAGAAUCCAACAAUUAUGGGUUUUUUGAAGGCUUAUUUGACACAGAAGGAAUUAAUGAUAAAACAUUACACUAA